AUGCCCAAUUGCUGCACCUGCUGGCGGCGAAAUAUCACUGCGUUGAUAUCUACACAUGUCUCUCGACGAACGGCAUAUGCCUCCGCGGCUCGGGUCGGGGAACGAAGAUUUAGGGGCCGCAAUUCUGGGCUCUUUAGGGACCCACACAAACUGGCUGAUGCCGUGAAAAAGCAGUUGGUUCGGGGGGACGAUAACAAAGCGUUACAACUGGCCCGGGAAGGGAGUCGGACGCUCAAUAGCGUGGUUAGUUGGAACCACAUUAUCGGAUACAAUAUCGAGCGGGGGUGCUUGAGGGUUGCCUUUAAGGCCUUUAAUGAUGUACGUCUGUCUAUCUGAGCUGUGCCGGUGGAGUGGUUUUGCGAGAGUUAAUGUUUUUGGUUUAGAUGAAAAAAAUGUCGAUAUUCCCCGACUCCUAUACAUUCACGAUUAUGCUGAACGCCCUGGCAGAGAUUCCGAAUCAACCGUCGGCGCAUGAGAGGGCGCUGCAGUUGUACCAUUCUAUGAGCAAUCCGAAUUCGUCGGUUGAGCCGCAGAUAGUACACACUAAUGCUGUGUUGAAAGUGUGCUCGAGACGCGGGGACGUCGAUUCCAUAUGGGCCAUUGUUUCAAAGUUACCGCUCAGCGGACUCAAUGCGCCGAAUGCGAUCACAUACACUACGCUGCUGAAGGGGAUUCAGGGUGUACGCGAGGUGGAGGAGGGCCGGAGAGUCUGGGCGGGGGUUCUGUCCCGGUGGAAUGCCGGGAAGUUAUGGGUUGACGGGCAAUUGGCCUGUGCAAUGGGACGGGUGCUCCUAUCGGGCACGAAACCAGAGCACUGGAAGGAAACCUUCAAGAUUGUCGAGCAGGUAUUCGGCAUCAAGGAUCCCAAUCCCGAGGAGCAGGAGAUAAACCCCGAGGACCAGCUAUAUGUCGAGGGAACGACAGAGUCCAUCAACGGGAUCAGAGACCUUCAGACGCCCGGGGGUGGAGACCCAGAUGCGCGAGUCCCCUACGUCCCGCCCCCCCUCCGCGGGCAAACGACGUGCGGGGAUCCCAGCUCUGGAUCCAACUCCUCCUCUACACGACCCAAGCCCGGCACCGACGUCCUCAGCCUGGUCAUCAGGGCAUGCACGCAACUAUCUGAUAAAGAACUAGGAAGAUACUACUGGAAAACCCUAACCGCACCUCCCUACUCCGUGCGACCGGACAUCGAAAACUUCCACGACCUUCUCCGCCUGCUACGAAGGUCACGCUCGGGCCCAGAUGCCCUACAUGUCCUUCAGGCAAUGCGUUCCCGCCCCGACACAACCCCGACGGCAAAGUCGUUCUUCAUCGCCAUGUCCUGCUGCAAGCGCGAGGGUCGCGGUCCUGGCUUCCCCACCGCCGAAAAGAUGCUCGAAAUGAUGCUCGAACACCGCGUCCGCAUUGAUGUCAAGAUAGUAACCAUCUUCCUCCAGUGCGCUAUCAAGACCGGGAACCCAACAUACUAUAAAUCGGCACUGAAGACUGCAGAGGAUAUAUUCGACCUGCGGGGCGAAUUGGAUAAGCUGGUCAGACUUAAGGCUGAUGGCGACUUGCUCGAGACUCACGUGGAGUUGGCGAAGUGGAUGCAGGGGGUUAUCGACCGGUUACUGGAGAACCCUGAUGUUCCAUGGGGACACGGCGAGAGAGCAGUGUUUGAACAGAGGAGGGGUGGGUUGGUGAAGCUUAUUGAGAGGUUUGGAUGGAUUGCGGGCGGCGCUGAGGGUGGUGGGAAGAAUUGGAAGGCCAGGAUUGCGUGA